UCGUCAGGAUACAGCACAAUGUUGUUGCAUAUCAGUAAAUAUAUUAUAACACGUCACCUUAAGAGAGCUCCAAACAUUUAUCAUAGCAAUAUCUCGUUUAGACGAAUAUGGACAUCUUGCCAGCGAUGCCAAAUCCAGCCUCAAAUGAAGACGAAAAGACAUGUUUCUCCAGAGAUGGUGGGUGUCGUUGGGCUGGAGAUUCACGCUCAGAUUCACUCGACGACCAAACUGUUCUCGAGCUCCCAGGUGAAGUUCUCGGCCCCGCCAAACUCUCUGGUGUCUUUCUUCGACGCUUCACUGCCCGGAACGUUACCCGUCCUUAACAGGAGAUGUGUAGAGGCAGCUGUCAUGACUGGCCUGGCUCUGAACUGUACCAUCAAUAAAAAGUCUCUCUUCGACAGGAAACACUACUUCUACGCCGACAUGCCAGCAGGGUAUCAGAUCACUCAGCAGCGUCUGCCCAUCGCAGUGGACGGCACACUGACCUACAGCCAUCUCGGAGGGAAGAAGAGGAACCAGGUGGUGACCAAGACUGUACGCAUCAAACAGAUCCAGCUGGAACAGGACAGCGGCAAGAGUCUCCAUGACGACUAUCGCAGCCAGACCCUCAUAGACCUCAACAGAGCAGGAGUAGGGCUGAUGGAGGUGGUGAUGGAGCCCGACAUGUCAUGUGGAGAGGAGGCGGCAUCUGCAGUGAGGGAACUCCAGCUCAUCCUCCAGGCUCUGGGAACCUGCCUGGGGAACAUGUCUGAGGGUCAGCUCAGAGUUGAUGCUAAUGUGUCAGUCCAUCGUCCUGGGGAACCUCUGGGUGUGAGGACGGAGGUGAAGAACAUCAACAGUGCACGAUAUUUAGCCAGAGCAAUAGACUAUGAGAUCCAGAGGCAGAUGGAGAUAGUGCAGGCCGGGGGAACCGUACUGAACGAGACGAGAGCCUACGAUCAGAAGUCUGGAAACACGGUCCCAAUGAGAGACAAGGAAGGUCUUCAGGACUACAGGUUCAUGCCAGAGCCAAACCUGCCCCCUCUGUUGCUGUAUGACAGUGAGAAUGUUCCGGAGGGUCUAGACCCCACCCAGGUGGUGUUGAUUGACAGACUGAGGGCGGAGUUACCUGAGCUGCCUGGUAUAAAGAGGGCGAGAUUGGUGGAGACUUACGGCAUUCUGCCUGAACACAGCUUUAUUUUAGUGAAUGAGGAUGGCCUCGUGGAUUAUUUUGAGAGCGUUGUCAAGGAGACCAAGGCUGAACCGAGGAAGGUGAUUGGCUGGGUGAUGCAGGAGCUGCUGGGGGCCCUGAACCAGCAGAACCUCCGAGUCAGCCAGAGUCCUGUGUCUCCCUCUGCCCUGGCUGAGCUGGUGAAUCUGUUGGAGGCUGGGCGAAUCUCUUCCUCUGCAGCCAAACUAAUUUUCCAGGAGCUGUGGAAAAGCCCAGGGAAGAGUGCGGAGCAGAUUGUGGUGGAGUUGGAUCUGGGUUUGGUGAACGAUCGGGAGAAACUCCUGAGGAUCUGUCAGACUGUGGUGGACACACACCCUGAACAGGUUCGGGCCAUCAGAAGCGGGAAUAAGAGGGUUCUGAACAAACUGAUUGGUGAGGUUCAGAAACGGACCAAAGGCAGGGCAGACCCGGCCCUGGUCCGCUCCAUUCUGGAAGAACAGACCUCGUAAAGACCUGCCUGGGACACCUCUCCUCACGCACCGCUGACGUAACACACAGGACUGAGAGAGGAGAUGAACACAGAUCUGUUCUGGACUGCACCCUGGGGUCACUCAGACUAACUGCACUCACCGAUGUCAGAUGGGACAGUAGGGGGCGCUGUGUUAAACACUUACUUUUGGCGUUGGCCGAGGAAUCGUGAAAUCUAAACCGUGUGAUGUAUGUACUCUGUACUCCAUGAGAAAGUUCUUCAUAGCCGAGGACUGUGGAGCUUCCUGAGCUGUUUCCUGUUUUAAAUCUGUAAUCCAUCUUCACAGAGCCCAUGUUUUACUGGGGAAGUGCUUUAGUCUGAGGACAAUGGCCGUGAAUAGAGUCAGACUUCACUCUCUGCGGCUCUGUGUCAGUCAAUGCCAUACUAUCAUACUGGGCUAAUGAAAGAAUACCAGAUUCAGACACAUCAGUGUGUGUGUG